UAAAACACGUAAAAAAAAGUUCGACGUCAUGCGCCAAAACCUCUGCUUUAAAGAGUAGGCGCAGAGUAAUAAUAACAUAUUCCGCCACCCGAAACCAACAGCAACAAUGACACAGUAAAGCUGAUACCACGGCCUUGGUACAGCACACAAAAGCCAUCAUGGCGAGAGGGAAAGGGCAGGGUUGUUGUUGUGCACUGGCGAUACUUGUUAGCCUUGCCAUAGUUGCAGUGGCAGUGUUUUUGGGCGUUAAGUUUGUUACGUCGGCCUUAGCCUCUGAUUCUGCCCAAGAGAACCUGGUCAACGCCACUAGUCCCCUGUCUACCGCCACACCACCGACCACACCCAGCGGUCAAGUGGACUGCAGUAGCCGUAACGCUUCCUGUGGGGAAUGUAUCGGAGACGUGAAGUGUUAUUUCUGCUACAAGGACAACUCCUGCCGUCUGUACCCGGCCUCGGCCGUUUUACCCACGGAUGAGUGUCCGCUGGCUCAGGUUCGGUGGGGAGCCACCUGUAAUGUCAGUUUUGAGGUCCUUGUGAUCGCCGUGGCCAUAGUUGGCGGAGUUCUCGUGCUGGCGCUGUGCUGCUGCUGCUGUUGUUGCUGCUGCUGUGGCGGCGGUGAUGAUGGAGGCCAUACUUGGAUGGAUUUUAAAUGGGCCCGCGACAACCGCGCUAACCAGAUGAACCCCAACAACUGGCGCUUCUGGAGCUCCCGUGGUUAUUGAUAAACUCUAGUAAUUCAAUGCAGGUGUCAAGCCGGCCAGGUUUUUAUUGCUCCUGCCAAAUGUUUGCCUCGACACUACUUGUGAUUUGUUUUCAAUGCUGUAAUAUAUUCGCAGUUUUCGCGGUCACUUCUUUACUGCUAACUUAUCAUUACCGUGGACAAAUAAUUCGCCGACUUUCUUUCUGCUCCACCUAGCUGCCACCACCGUGAAUGUAUACAAUGUAGUUCCGCGAACAUUGUCCAUUUUCUCAGACCGCGAACUUUUGCUACCGCUAACAUACAGUAUAUCCGAGACAAGGGGUUGGAGAAAGUUGAUCGUACAUUGCUUGGAGGCUAACCCCAAUCCUAAGCCUCAGUCCUCACAUUAACCAAAACUUCCAGGCACGCGCACUAUGUAUACCCCACGUACGGGGCAAAAAUCUGGCGGAGCAGAAAUUUGGCUUGACACCUGUCCACUGAGGCGGAAACAAUAGACCGAUCCUGAAUGUCCAUCGCUGAAUUAAAAGUUCCACCAAUGAGAGAACGGCAAUUAUCGGUUCAACCAAUGAGAGAGUGGCAAAUAUUUGCAUUUUUUAUGUUUUGACGGAAGUGGGCGGGGCUGCGGGAUCGGUCUAUUGGCAUGAUUCCAGGGUUGUAGGAUAGGGGGAGGACUGGAACAUGCCAGUGAACAUUGGUUUUCUGUUGUUGUUAUUCUUGCAAAUAUUUUUUUCUGUUGUUGUUAUUCUUGCAAAUAUUUUUUUCUGUUGUUGUUAUUCUUGCAAAUAUUUUUU